ACCUAUAUUGAGACCGAAACUGUCCUAAAAAUAGGAGGCAAAUUCAUCCCUAAACUCAUCACGUCCUCAAACUCAGUGCUUCUUAUAUUUAUCAGAACUUUAAAGUUGAGUUAUUAUUUUUGAAUGGCAGCGAAGAGCAAAAUCCUGGUUAUUGGAGGAACAGGAUACAUAGGAAAAUUCAUAGUUAAGGCUAGCACAGAAGCAGGACAUCCCACGUUUGUGUUGGUGAGAGAGAAGACUGUUUCAGAUCCUCAAAAGUCUAUACUUAUUGAGACCUUCAAGACCUCUGGAGCCACUCUGCUUUAUGGUGAUCUAAAUGAUCACGAAAGCCUUGUGAAGGCAUUGAAGGAAGUUGAUGUUGUAAUAUCUGCAGUUGGUGGACAACAGACAGAUGAUCAAGUGAAGCUGAUUGCAGCAAUUAAGGAAGCCGGAAACAUCAAGAGGUUCCUCCCAUCGGAAUUCGGGAUUGAUGUGGACCGUCACAAUGCAGUUGAGCCACUGAUUAACUUUUUUGAUAAAAAAGUGAAAAUCAGAAGAACAAUUGAAGCUGAAGAAAUCCCCUACACCUAUGUCAGCUCAAAUGCCUUUGCUGGUUGGUUCUUGCCUACACUGGGACAACAAGAUGUCACAGCCCCUCCUCGGGACAAGGUUACCGUUCUAGGAGAUGGAAACGUCGCAGGUGUUUAUGUGUCGGAGGAAGACGUUGGGACUUACACCAUUAAAGCAGUGGACGACCAGAGAACCUUGAACAAAAGUCUAUACCUCAGACCCCCUGAAAAUGUUUUGACCUUCAACCAGCUGGUGUCGUUGUGGGAGAACAAGAUUAAGAGUACCCUCGAGAAAGUCUACAUCCCAGAAGACCAACUUCUUAAGAACAUCCAGGAGUCUCCUUUCCCUACUACUUUCAACUUAGCAUUGGGCCAUUCACUGCUGGUAAAGGGAGAUUGUACAAACUUUGAGAUCGACCCUUCUUUCGGGGUGGAAGGUUCUCAACUUUAUCCCGAGGUCAAAUACACUACGGUGGACGAUUAUUUGAACGCUUUUGUCUGAAAUCCAGGGAAUAAAAUCAUAACAUUCUGUGAAUUGUUCAAGAGUUUGUACUUUUGUCAUUCAAGUAAUUAGUUACUUAUGUUUGUGUUGUUGUCACAAGAGUCCCUCUGUUCUGACUCUGUUGUUGAUCGCUUAGCUUGGUGCUGUUUUAAACUUCUCAUCAAGUUCUAUCUAUUACGAUUUAUUUUUCAAUGUGAUAUUGCUUGCAAUAAUUCUAGAUC